CUUUUCUCUUUAUUGCCGGGAGCGGCGGCUCCGUGGGCGGGCUGCUCCUCGGCUCCCUGACCAAUUCUAUCUUCGUGGACUUUGACCGCGUCGCCCCCGAGGACCGACCGUCCUUCCUGCAGACCGACCCCCGGUAUAUCGGUGCCUGGUGGCUGGGCUUCGUCAUCAUCGGCUGCGCGGUCCUGCUGAUCAGCGUUCCCUUCUUCUUCUUUCCCCGGCACCUGCCUAAGACAAAAGAGAGGAUAAGGGAGGAAGAGCAACUGCAAGGAAGCGAAGUUGUCGUCGUUGCCUGCAUGGCCGCUGGUAACGUGAUCGGAGGCUUAAUCAUCAGGCGCUGGAAGUUGUCACCAGCGCAGUGCACCUUCAUUCUGAUCUUCGGUGAAGUUGUUGCUAUCCUGUGCAUGCCCGCCUUUCUCCUCGUAGGGUGUAACACAAAGCCUGUCGCUGGUGUCUCAACGAACUACGCAGCUCCUGCACCCUUCGACGGGCUUCCCGCAAUUACCCAGCCGCUUAUUUUUCCAGACUCGGUUCAGCAGGCUGUGUCGCCGUGCAACGUCAACUGUACCUGCGGGAACGAGGACUACAGCCCCGUCUGCGGUGCCGACGGCAUAAACCUAUGUGUCCUCAUGUUACGCUGGAGUUUUAGCGAGUGUCGUUGCAUCCAACCUGGUGGCGUGAACGCAACGGCCAUAGACGGUGAGUGCGCAGACGAUUGCCCGGAUUGGGUUGUGCCGUUCAUCAUAACUAUCUGUGCCGCGAUGUUCUUCAGUAGCUCUCUCGGCAAAACGGGCUUGGCACUUAUAACAUUGAGGAUAUUCCCAGCACCCUUGUACUUUGGCGCGGCAAUCAACCUGGCUUGUAUCCUAUGGGGGUACAACAACGGUGAUAGGGGCGCGUGUUGGUUCUACGAUAUCGACCUGUUCAGAUACUCCUUCCAGGGUUUGAUCGGGGGCAUCAGGGUGAUAUCGGUAUUGGUGCUCUUCGGAGUUUUCUACACCCUCCGCAAUGUGAAGCCUACAGAGGAUUUUGUGAAUACUCUUUAUGCUUACGGUCUUCGUCCAUUGAUAGAUAAACCCACUCGUAUCACACCCCACAGCUCCACUCUUAUCGACAAUAUCCUUACUAACAAUAACACCAAUAUUUCUGCUUCAGCGAACAAGCUCUCCCUUAAUUCCUCUAAGACUAAGUAUAUGAUCUUCAGUAGGUCAUCCAACUCCAGUCAACAUGAAGCUGUGAAGAUAGAUGGUACUGCCAUCUGUAAAGUUCAUUCCACAAAAUUCCUUGGUGUCAUUAUCGAUGAUAAACUCUCCUGGUCUCAUCACAUAGCCUCCGUCUCUAAUGUUAUAAGCCGCAACACAGGUGUACCCUCCAAGCUCCGCUCGUUUUUACCUUCCACCACUUGA